AUUUGAAUUCCUUUGAAACAUCUGAAGCGGAUCAUGAGUUCUAUUAUUUCGAUUCGUCAAAAUGUUUGUCGCAUUAGAAACGAUUGAGAAAGCGGAUUGACUUGUACUGAAGAAUGAGUGUCCAAUGUACUGGAAUAGGAUGAAGAAUUUUAACGUAUUUUGGGUUAUUAUGAUUUGGUUAAUCGGUAGUGGCGAAGGAACUUGUUCGUUUCCCUUUAGUGGUACUUGGCACAGCAGUAACUAUGACAGCAUGGUGUUUUCCAGUUCCGGUCUUUACAUAUCCGGUUUAAUGUUUACCGGCACAUCGAUUGUCGGUAGCGGGUGGGAGUGUUAUUUAAACUCUGGAAAUAGAUAUGUUGCAAAAACUAAUAUUACGAUUACCCUGAAUGCCGGUGGAACACCCCACUACGUCUACACAUGUUUUGUUUUCACCUCUGUAAAUGCGUACUCCUACUACUAUUACCAAAACACACCCGUCGAGAGUCUCUUUGGUAACGAACGCAUUGUGGCAUAUACCACAGGAACUACCGUCACUUCCGAUGACGUUUGUAGCAACGUACCGUCAGCAGCCGAGUAUAACGUCAUGGUGCAAAGUGGGCAAGAACUGAACGCAAAAACUAACAUCGGGGAGGUGUUGUUUGCCAACUUCCAUUACCUGUACAAUGACGGUGUGUCGGACAAAUGCGGUACCGGGACCUCCCAAAGCAUGCUGACCAUCUGUACGGACAGACAGACGCUCACGUUCGACUACACCAAAUGCAGCGACUUAAUGAUGUACUCUAGUGGGGGCGUGCUAGGAUCAGUGGCCACCAUCGUAUCAGGUUCCACGUACUACACCACCGUGUACAACUUUGACAGUACGGUAGACGACGUCGAUACCUUUAGGUUUACCUGCAUUGCGGCCGCUACUUCUGGGGCCCAUGUGAGCGCCACCAUCCUCCCUAAAUCAUGUACCGCCUCCCAGAGCCCCACGGUCAUGCCGGCUAAUGGCGGGAUAUUCACUCUGGUGGCUAAUACCCUCACCCCCACCGUUGAUAACAGUGAUGGCGUUGAUUUGGCCCCCAUUAUCGGAGGAAUCAUCGGUGCCAUUGUUCUCAUCGCCAUCAUUGUCAUCCUGUUGUGUAUUCGACACCACAAGAUUAAGCGGCGAAAGCAAGAGAUCAUAGACAAAAGAAUGAAAAUAUGGAAAAUUAGAAGCACUGAAGACGAUUUUUAUAAUGACGAUUUCCUCAACGAAACGUCAAUGAAAUUGGACUGCAGUCAAUCUGAUAACUCCGAACUGCCUGUGCUAAAGUCUUCCUCCAGUGGAACGAAACUCUCCCAGAGGAAUCAAAAGGAUCCUGCAGAGACAGAUUCUUUUGCGACCCACCUGGAGCAAAAAUUGGAAAAUCCCAUGAGGGAGAAGUCCUUUCAUGUAGAGACACACAGGAAUAAAGACAAGAUUUCCGACCUCUUAUCCGCCCCGGGAAAGCGCACUGAACACAUGCCGUGGAAAACUGGGAGAAGCGCAGAUAUUAUGGAAUAUUCCUUAGAAAGGGGAUUUCCAUCCAAACCAGGUUCUAAGACCAGUAGGAGCUAUACAACACUUCAAUCAAAGCAAUGUACCGCCUCAUCUGAAUUUGGAUCCAUGUACCCCAAAAAUCGGAAGUACUCUAGAUCAGCACUGGAUCUCAAUAGAAGUCUAACUGCUGCAGGGAACCAGUUUAAAUCGGAGUCGAACGUUUAUGCCAAGGUGAAGUCUCUUACAGAGAAAAGCUUGUCAAGAGAAUUGACGGCUAUAAAAGAAGUACCACGUAAACCAACGCCAAAUUACAUGAAACCUAUUCGAUCGAAAACUGCGAUUUCGAUCAACAAAGAGCGAGCAAAGUCUCGACACAGUGUAUCUCGUCGCUUUGAUUCAAAAUCUCGAAUUUUAAUAACUGGGAGUAAGUCGCGAAUGCACCAUGAUAGUAUACCAACAAAUAUAAAAGUGAGUCGCAAGGCAAAGACGCCAAGAGAACAAGUGAUGUCGCGGGCAAAAUCGAAAUUAAUGAGAGAAAAUACAAAGUCAUGGAGGGUGACAGAAAAAACGAUGCCAAAUCCUACACCCGCGGACGAGAAGUCAUUUGUACAGUCCCUGAGAUCCACGUAUCCCCCACUCAAACCUAAAAAGAAGAAAAAACCCAACAAAACGCUCGUUAAGAAGGUGAAAACCCCGUAUGGCAUUGUUCAUGUUGAUGUUUCCCAAAAACGUACAACGUCUAUAAUGUCGUUAGACCAUCUAAAGGGCCUUGUGCAUGUAGAGAGACGGAAGGUUCCCUCUCGCUCUCAGGUUGAUGUCAUUCAUCGGAAUAGUAGAAGUAAAACUAUGAUUGUCGAUGGCACUUGGAUUGCGCAAGGUUUCGGAAUUGAUGGCCACAAAGGAGCAAAAAAGUCCACAGACUCCGAGUACUAUUCAAGUACUGAUGAACUAAUACUUAAUUAGUCAUCAAUAAAUAAUUACCCAGUUUAAUAUUGGUACUUGUAAUUGUAUUUUGUAGAGGGAGAAUCACAGAUAAUAAAAAUACUAGUAUGUAAACAAGAACGCAAUCAUUUUUAGCUCACCUGAGCUGAACGCUCAAGUGAGCUAUUCUGAUCACAUUUUGUCUGUCGUCCGUCCGUCCGUCUGUCCGCAAACUUCUCACAUUUUCAACAUCUUCUCAAGAACUACUUGGCCAAUUUCAACCAAACUUGACACAAAUCAUCCUUAGGCAAAGGGGAUUCAAAGUUGUUAAAAUUAAGGGCCACACCCGUUUUCAAGGGCAGAUAAUUAGAAAUUAAUGAAGAAUUUCGAGAAAUUUUCAAAAAUCUUCUUCUCAAGAACCAGAAAGCCAGGAAAGCUGAAACUUGUGUGGAAGCAUCCUCAGGUAGUGUAGAUUCAAAGUUGUGAAAAUCAUGACCCCCGGGGGUAGGGUGGGGCCACAAUGGGGGGUCGGAAUUUUACAAAGGAAUAUAUCGAGUAAAUCUUUAAAAAUCUUCUUCUCAGAAACUAAUCAGCCAGGAAAGCUGAAACAUGUGUGGAAGCAUCCUCAGGUAGUGUAGAUUCAAAGUUGUGAAAAUCAUGACUCCCGGGGGUAGGGUGGGGCCACAAUGGGGGGUCGAAGUUUUACAUAGGAAAAUGUAGAGUAAAUAUUUAAAAAUCUUCUUCUCAGAAACUAAUCAGCCAGGAAAGCUGAAACAUGUGUGGAAGCAUCCUCAGGUAGUGUAGAUUCAAAGUUGUGAAAAUCAUGAUCCCUGGGGGUAGGGUGAGGCCACAUUUGGGGGGGGGGUGUUAAAAUUUUACAUAGAAAUAUAUAGAGUAAAUCUUUAAAAAUCUUCUUCUCAGAAACUAAUCAGCCAGGAAAGCUGAAACUUGUGUGGAAGCAUCCUCAGGCAGUGUAGAUUCAAAGUUGUGAAAAUCAUGAUCCCUGGGCGUAGGGUGGGGCCACAAUGGGGGGUCGAAGUUUUACAUAGGAAAAUAUAGAGUAAAUAUUUAAAAAUCUUCUUCUCAGAAACUAAUUAGCCAGGAAAGCUGAAACCUGUGUGGAAGUAUCCUCAGGUAGUGUAGAUUCAAAGUUGUGAAAAUCAUGAUCCCUGGGGGUAGGGUGAGGCCACAUUGGGGGGGGGGGUGGUGUUAAAGUUUUACAUAGGAAUAUAUAGAGUAAAUCUUUAAAAAUCUUCUCAGAAACUAAUCAGCAAGAUGAUUCUUUAUAAUUGGCUCCAGGACAAUUCCUUGGCCUCACAAGAAGGUUCAGAGUUUUAUGCAGCUAAAUAUCCCAUAUAUAAACAAUUGUAAAGGAUCUUUUUGAGAACUGCAAUACUCAACAUGUGAUAUGACUAUAAAAUUGAAGCAGGCAGCUAUUUUUUCAUUAGAAUCUUUUUGUAUUACUGUAUUGAGUUAUUGCCCUUGGUUUAUUGAUUCUUGAUUAUUUUAAUUAAUGCAUCCACUGUUAACAAAUUAUUGUGAUGAUUAUUUUUAUACAAUAAUAAAUAUUCAAUGUAUAUAAGUUGUUCUGCAUAAGUAGUUUUGGGUUAGGCCGGAUUAGUUUGUUUAUUUUUGAUUUCCAAUUUUUAGAUACUAUGAAUUAUUUUAGGCCGGCACUUAUAUAGGGACAGUGUCUAUUGCUUUACUAUGAGCGACUGUUUGAGGAUAAACUUGAACAGGUAUGGAUAAGAUUGAGUGUGUGGACACCCCUGCUCUAUCUAAUUUUCGUGUUUUCUAUCCUAUGAUACAGAGUGUGCGGUCAUUCCUGCCCUGUAUCGCAUUAAUACAAGUGUGUGGUCAUACCUGCUUGUGGUUAUUGCGGCGGAGCACUAGUGUGUGGUCAUCCCUCUUGGUGUUCUGGCCUUUCUAGCGCAAGUGUGCGGCACUCCCUGAUUGCAUUAGGUUCAGCUGUUGGCGCAAGUGUGCGGUCAUCUCUGCUUGCGUUAAUA